UCUUUCAAUUUUUGUUGUCAAUAAAAUUGCACCAAAAAAGUCCAAAGACUCCGACUUUACUCCAACGUCGUCAAAUUGAUUUUGAUCCAUAAUCGAACGUUUUAUCUGCGGUUGCAUCCCCAGUUCAUUAUUAUUCCCGGGAAACCUUUGGAAUUGCGUUUGACUGACAUCAAGGAUCAAACCCAGGAGGAUAAGUUGUUGCUCCCUGCCGAAUUGUCCAUUUAUUUGGGUUCUAAGAGUGCCUUUGGACAAGAAUAGAAGCAGGGUAUGGUUUAUCACAUUCAGCCAAAACAAAGAAACUGAUUCUGUUGUUAUCAUUCUGUCAGACUACUGUGAAGGGAUACAGGAAGAAGGCUAACGCAAGCAUUGAAGAAGCAAACGCCAACGACUCAUGGACCAAAUGGAGCGUGUGCGUGCUCGGCACCGACAAUGGCGAGAGUCGAUGAGUUCUUCACAACGUCAAGCAUACUUGGCACGACGACGCGCAAUAGCUCAAGAAAAGCGACCCGUGGUGGAAACUAGCCCAAGUAACAGAGCUGAACAAGCUCCAGAAGAAUUUGAUAAUGAAGGCACACGUUCAAGAAUUUCUUCAAAUUCCAACAACCCCGAACAAGACUACACAAGGGUUCGCUUAACUCGCAUAAGACAAAUGGCACGUUCGAAUAGAUCAGAAACAAGCGAUGGAGUUGUUCGAAUUUCUACUCGCUAUGAGUUACCUAAUGCUACCAUGAAUAAUCAUGAGGAGCAUAACAGCAACAAUGUGGCCAUGAAUAAUGAUGAGGAACAUACCAACAACAUUGAGGAAGACAAUGAAAGUGAGCCCAUGAAUAAUCAUGAGGAGCGCCGUAACAACAUUCAUCAAGUGCGGCGUAUGAGGAGGGCAAGAAUAAAUAAUAAUUCUGCUAGAGAUUUUCAUGAGGAAAUGGGUGUCCAUGAUUGUCAAUUGCCCCCACUAAAAACAUGCCCGUACUGCAAUGCAUUAUUGUUUAAUCGAGAGACCUUUAGUUUGUGUUGCUUGAAGGGGAAUAUUGUUCUGCCACUAAUACAGUCUCCCCCAGAAAUGGUUCACCUCUUUUCUGAUCAAACUGAUGAGGGCAGAAAAUUCAGACAAAAUAUUAGGGCCUACAACAAUGUGUUUGCAUUCACUUCAAUGGGCGUACAUGUUGAUGAAAGAAUUAAUAUCCAAGGCCGUGGACCUUAUACGUUUCGUGCACAAGGUUCUAUAUAUCAUAAAAUUGGUGGUCUAUUACCAAUUGACGGGAGAAGACCACGAUAUCUACAGGCUUAUAUAUACGACACUGAGCAUGAACUUGAGAAUAGAUUGACUGAAAGUGAAGUUUUGGAGAGGGGAAUGGUUGAAAAGAUACAACAAAUUCUUAAUCAACACAAUCCAUUUGUUCAAACAUUUCGGAGUCUCGGACAACGUCAAGAUUUGCCCAAUUGCAGACUCAUCAUCAGAGAGCAACCUUCCGACCGCCGUCAGUAUAAUUUGCCAUCUGCAUCACAAGUUGCUGCUAUUAUAGUAGGGGGUGACGACAUCAAUCCAAAUGGGAGAGAUUUUAUUGUUGAAACAAUUAGUGGACAACUUUGGAAUGUCAAAGACUCAGUUGGAUAUUAUGACCCCAUGCAGUAUCCGUUAUUAUUGCCUUAUGGAACAUAUGGAUGGGACAUUAAUACUCAUGGCAAUAAUGGAAGACCAAUGUCAUGUUGUGACUACUACGCAUAUAUGUUACAGAUGCGUCAAGGUCAUGAAAAUCCUCUACAUCGAGGAGGACGCCUCUUCCAACAGUAUGUUGUAGAUAAUUAUGUAAAGAUUGAAUCACAGAAGCUCAGAUGGCUUCGUAGUAAUCAAGAAAAAUUUCGGAGAGAAUUUCGUCAAGGACUUCAAGACUCUCUACAUGCAGGAGAAAAUGAUGCAGGUAACGUUGGUCGUAGAACAAUUCUCCCGUCAUCGUUUAUUGGAAGCCCACGUGACAUGUACCAACGAUAUCAAGAUGCAAUGGCUUUGGUUCAAAAAUAUGGUAGGCCGGAUCUUUUUAUCACCAUGACCUGUAACCCCAAUUGGGAAGAAGUUAGAAAUGAACUACUCCCUGGACAAACGCCACAAGACCGUCCUGAUUUAGUCACCAGGGUAUUUCAUGCCAAGUUUGAGCAAUUAAAAGAAGACAUCAUCAACAAGGGGGUGCUGGGAAAAGUGGCUGCACAUGCUUUCGUUGUUGAAUUUCAAAAACGGGGCCUACCACAUGUUCAUAUGCUGAUUAUGUUAGAAGAAAAUGACAAGCUUAAUAACCCUGAUGAAUAUGAUCGCAUUGUUAGAGCUGAAAUACCAUAUGAGGACGAGGAACCUCAACUUUAUGAUGCAGUGUGUACACAUAUGAUUCAUGGUCCAUGUGGAACUCUUAACCCAAGGCAGUCAUGUAUGAAAAAUGGAAGUUGCAAUAAAAGCUACCCAAAACCAUUUGCAAAUUUCACUGUGCAAGGGAAUGAUGCAUAUCCAGUAUAUCGGAGACGAGCAAGUCGUUUACCAGUACCUUUGCGUAGACGAGGAGAUGUGAUGGUGGAUAACGGUUGGGUGGUUCCCUACAACCCAUGGUUGCUAUUACGGUAUAAUUGUCACAUCAAUGUUGAAAUAUGUGGGAGCAUAAAAAGUGUCAAGUACUUAUAUAAGUAUAUCUACAAAGGUCCUGACAGAGUGGAACUUGAGCUGCAAUCAAACCCAGAGUUUGAUGAAAUUAGACAAUUUGUUGAUGCAAGGUGGGUUUGUGCACCGGAGGCUUUAUGGAGGAUCUUCAAAUUUGCAAUGAACAGAAUAUAUCCAACAGUAGAGCGAUUACAAAUACAUCUUCCCAACAUGCAACAGAUAACAUUCAGUGUUGAUGAAACAGUAGAGAAUAUUCUGGCAGAUGAGCACGCACAAAUGUCAAUGCUUACUGAGUUUUUCACCAUAAAUCGAAUGGAUGAGGAUGCAAGAACAUAUUUGUAUCGAGAAAUUCCUGAACAUUACAGAUGGGAUAAUAGCAACAAAAUUUGGGUGAAAAGAAGAAGAAACUACAAGGUUAUUGGGCGAAUAUACAGCGUCUCACCGUCUGAAGGUGAGAAAUUUUACCUGCGUGUCCUUCUUAAUCAUGUAAGAGGUCCAAGAUCAUUUCGUGAUUUGCUUACUGUUAAUGGUGUUCUACAACCAACUUUCAAGCAAGCAGCAGAAAAACAAGGUUUGCUAGAAAAUGACAAUAGUAUCCGACAGUGUUUGUUGGAGGCCUCUGCAAUUAGGAUGCCAUCAACUUUGAGGAGAUUAUUCGUCACGAUUUUAGUGUACAAUGAGCCAAUCGGUGUCCGAACAUUGUGGGAUGAAUUUUUUCCUUUUAUGGUGGAAGAUUAUCCUUCAUCUGGUGAUAUUGCAAACCAAAACAGGCUCUUACAAGAUUUAAAUGGAGUACUUGAACAAUUUAACAGGAACAUUAGAGAUUUUGACCUGCCUGAAAUGACAACGGAGCCAGAAGAAAAUUCAAGAAUGCCAAGGUGUAUUGAAGACGAACUUUCCGUACAUAUCUCUCAAGAAGACAUUGAUGCAAUUGACCGCCUUAAUGACGACCAAAGGAUCGCCUUUGACACGAUCAUGGAUGCAGUUCAGAGAAAAAGAAGUGCAUUAUUUUUUGUUGAUGGUCCUGGUGGAACUGGGAAGACAUAUUUAUACCGUGCAUUGCUAGCAAACAUACGAAGAAUGAAUCAUAUAGUCUUAGCCACAGCAUCAUCUGGAAUAGCUGCAAAUAUACUGCCCGGCGGGAGGACAGCUCACUCCAGAUUUAAGAUUCCACUCAAUGUAGAUGCGUCAUCUAUGUGUUCCAUAAGUAAACAGUCUGCUCUGGCACAACUGGUACAAGAUUCGACUGCAAUUAUUUGGGAUGAGGCACCUAUGACACAUCGACAUGUCUUUGAAGCACUUGAUCGAACUUUUAGAGACAUAAUGGAUGUCGACUUACCAUUUGGUGGAAAGAUAAUGAUUUUUGGGGGAGAUUUUCGUCAAGUCCUCCCUGUUAUUCCUAAAGGAACGAAGUCUGAACUCAUUCAAGCCUCCAUUGUGAAAUCAACAUUUUGGACACAUAUAAAGAUAUUGAGACUGAGACAGAAUAUGAGAUCCAUAAAUGACCACCAAUUUGCAGAGUUUCUUCUUCGUGUAGGCGAUGGGAGUGAACAAGUCAUUAAUGACGAAAUGAUAAGAUUACCGGAAUGCAUGGUGGUUCCAUGGGAAAGCGACCAAUCUAUCAAUCUAAUUAUUGAUGAAGUUUUCCCCAAUUUGGGUGAUCAUGUAAAUGAUGCGAGAUACAUGGUGGACAGAGCAUUGAUUACUCCUAUAAACGACGAUGUGGACGUGUUGAAUGAAAAGAUAAUCUAUAUGUUUCCAGGUGAAGAAAUUACAUUGUACUCAUUUGACUCUGUUGAAGAUGACAGCAGAAAUUUGUACCAACCAGAGUUUCUGAACUCAAUAACCGCAGGUGGGCUACCACCCCACAAGUUAACUCUGAAAGUAGGUGCUCCAAUCAUGCUUUUAAGGAAUAUUGACCCUAAAUUGGGAUUGUGUAACGGUACUAGAUUGUUGUGCCGUGGUUCGUACCAAAAUCUUAUUGAUGCUGAGAUACUAACAGGACAAUUUGCUGGGACUAGAGUUUUUCUACCUAGAAUUCCUUUGAAAAGUGCAGAAAAUGCUGGGCUCCCAUUUCAACUAACAAGAAAGCAGUUUCCAGUGAAAUUAAGCUUCUGUUUGACCAUAAACAAAUCUCAAGGCCAGACUAUCCCACAUGUAGGUGUUUACCUCCCAGAUCAUGUUUUUAGUCAUGGACAAUUAUAUGUGGCAUUGUCGAGAGGAGUGUCGGAGUCAACCACAAAAGUUCUGGUGAAAAAAGGAUCCAUAGUUGGUGAAGAUGGCGUAUUUACAAAAAAUGUCGUAUUUAAAGAAGUUUUGCUUCAUUCAAACACAAAUGAUAGAUCGUCUUCAUAG